CAAGCAAUGGCUUUCACUUCAAAAACUUUCAUUAUUCCCACUACUACCAUAACUCUUCUCUUCCUGUAUUACACCAUGGCAAUGUACUGUGAUGUCAUAAGUUCUCUACUAUAUAGCUGUGAAAAUUUCAUGGUUUAUGGUCCACCGGAAAUGGCAGUGAGUUCACAGUGUUGUGGUGGAUUGCUUCAUCUUGCAAACAUUAGUGGCGAGUCCAUUCUUGCAAGAAGAGUUAUAUGUAGUUGCAUUGUUUCUUUGAUUGAUGAUUAUGGCCCUAAUGCUACCACCAUUGCUAGUCUUCCUAGACUUUGUGGUGUUUAUCUUGGUUUUCCCUUGGACCCAAACAUCGACUGCAACACCAUAUUUUGACCAAUAUGGAAUGAAGGAAUAAAUAUGGAGUUGUUAGGAGUAGGUUUUGAAGGAUAAAGAAGAAAGAAUCUUUCAUUGUGUUCUUUUCACGGAAAAAAACCAAUAAGCAAUAACUACAAUUUGUAGUUUGAAAAAAAAAAAUAUUUAUUUUCAAUAUAUAUAUAUUCCUCCUUUUUGUUUCCUAUGAGAAAUGCCGAAAAACUAGUGGUGAUUAUAGAGGGCUCUUGUUCUACCAAUAUUUUUAGAUUUUUUUUUUAUUUUAAUAAUGCUAUACAUCACAAAUAGAUUUUAUGAAAUUUGUCA